AUUUUGGAAUUUUUUUUUCGGUUAGCACUAAUCAUUUCUGGAUGAUAAGAAUCAGAAUUGCAACCUCUGUCCAAACCCACAAAAAAAAUCACCAACAUCAUUUAAACAAUGGGUUUCGAUACAGAUCGUUUUGAAGAUUGCGAAAUCAGUGAAGAACUUAUCUGUUCAAUAUGUACAGGUGUGUUGGAAGAUCCAUUAACAACACAUUGUGAUCAUUUAUUCUGUAAUGAUUGUAUUAAUGAUUGGUUACGUGAUCAUCAUACAUGUCCAAUUGAUCGUUGUCCAUUACGGUCAUGUAUGUUGAAACGUGCACCACGUGCUAUACGUAAUCUAAUCAAUCGACUAAAGAUUUAUUGUCCUUAUCGUAUGGAUGGUUGUAAACAAACAUUUUGUUUAGAACAAUUUGAACAACAUCGAUUACAAUGUUCAUAUAAUCCAGACAGUAUGGUCCAAUGUAAAUUAUAUUGUCAACGUUUGAUAAAACGCCGUGAUAUCAAUCAACAUGAUUGUAUAAAAGAAUUGGCCAAUAUGAUUAAAUUACAACGUAAACAAUUGAAUGAUCGUGAUAAACAAAUACAAAUCCUUUACCUUAUAUUAACCAUUUUAAUAAUGAUAUUUUUGCUAAUUUAUCUAUUCUUGCCAUUACCAUUAUUGUUGAAUCAAUUUGCUCGUUUGACAUCAAUUUUUUGUUCAAUCAUGUUUGAUUGGUCUAAUUAUUUAUAACCAUCAUGUCCAAAAGAAAAAUCAACCAACAACAAAUCUCAUCUG